UAUGGACAAAGUCGAAACAUUAAAACGUGAAAUGAGUGGGCUUGUUGAAUCUCUCAAAAAUAAUGCAAAUUCUCUUAAAAUAGGCAAAUUUCAAGAGAUGCGUAUGAAAAUUAAAGAUGGAAUUUUGACAGUGGCUAAAGAAGAGAAUGACUUGGGCAAGAAUCAAAUAUUUAAGGGUAAAAGUCAUCUAGUUAUUUAA